AAUUUGUGACCAUCUUCCUUGAGCUUGUUGUUCCGAUGAAGACGGUCACCGGAAGAGUUAACAGUGCAAAGCCAAUCUCUCUAUCAAAGGCGGCUACUCUUCUCUCCGGAUUCGUUUCUUCUGAGAAUGGAGCCUCUCAAGAUGUUAGCGCGUACCUUCGACGAGCUUCCGGUGCCUUUAUUGAAUUGAAGAGCAUCCAUAGGGAGAUUAAAUCAAAGGAGACGAAGCUAAGCUCUAAGAAGAAGAGGAAGAGUCAUCGAGAGAUGGGUUCGGAAGAGAGGAAGAAGAGUAAGAAAAAGAGAAAAUCCAGCGAGAUCGUUGUUUGAAGUUGAUCAAAAAAUUGUAGUGGAAUUAAGAAAAGCUUUCAAAUUUUGUGGGAAUGUUGUUGUAGUUGAAAGAUGUUCACUUGGUGAGAAAGAUUUGAUUUUUAGAAUUCUCUUGUUUAUAGUUUCUGUUAUCUGC